AUGGGAUGGGAUCGAGAUGCGGAAGCUCUUUUACCUUCAACAAAUAAGCUUGAUCACCCCGCCUACAUUUCUUUUGGUUGUCUUCCGAUCUUCUACGGAACCGAACGCGAUGCUUACACUUUUUACACGGGACAGAAAUAUCUUCGAAUUGCAACGUUUUACGUGGUGUUGGUCGGAUGCAGUUUACCGAUAAUUGCGCUUUUCAUGUGUAUCACAAUUGCACUUCUUUUUCAUUUCAACGAGGCCACAAACACACAUUGUCGAGUGGAAAACGUGCUGCCUUCAAUCUCAACAGUGAUCGGCGGUUUUCCGGAAACGACUUUCAUCUGGAGUUCCCUCAUUUAUCUUCACUUCAUCCCGAGGUUGCUACCGCUGCUUUCCUACCAUCAAACCUUUCGUUUACGGCUUAAUUUGAAGAGUUUUCUGAAGCGCUCACUUCUCAGAAGUCACCUUGCGCUUGGUUUUAUCGAAUUGGCUGCAUUGCUCUCACUCACUUAUUACAACUCGGACUACAACCACGAAUAUCACGUCAUAUCUUUUUCAAUUUUUGGAACGAGCUCGUUGCUUUAUGCAUUUGCACAUUGCUUGUUGUUCAAACUGACACAAAUGGAUGUUCAAUCAAAAGGACAUAUCCUUAGCUGGAGAAUGAAGCGACGAACGUUCAGUAUGAGUGUUGGAUGUCUGUUGAUGUGUGCAUACCUCUUUUAUCGUCACAACACUUACUGCGAGCCGUUCGUUUUCUCGGUGUUUGCCUUUUUCGAAUACGUGUUUGUGCUUUCGAAUAUCGCUUUCCAUUCAACAUUUCGUUUCGAUUUCUCUGAUUGUUCGUUGUACAUUUCG